ACAAACGUUACGUUACCAUAUAUAUAAUUCUGGCCGGCUUGAUUAAAAAACAAAAUUUUAAUGAAUUCCAAGCAAUGACAUAGAAGAUGUAACAGUCUGCAACAUUCUGUGAUAUAAAAAGCACACAACUUUUUCAAAAUGAAGAAGUAAUCUCUCCUGAAAGGGAGCAUAGAAGAGUACCAUGGGGGGUAAAGAUAGCAUGUUUCGAUACGCAGACGGCAAGGACAAGUUGUUGAUGGUGUUAGGGACCUUAGGCAGCGUUGGAGAUGGAAUGCAGUACCCUAUUACCAUGUUUGUUCUUAGCCAUCUGAUCAAUGACUUUGGAAAACCUGGUAGCGGUUUGUCUAAUGAUAUUGUUGACAAGUAUGCACUGAGGCUGCUCUAUGUUGCAUUUGGAGUUGGUUUUUCAGCAUUUGUUGGAGGAUUUUGUUGGACAAGAACAGCAGAAAGACAGACAUCUCGGAUGAGAAUGGAAUACCUGAAAUCGGUCCUCAGGCAAGAAGUCGGUUUCUUUGACACCCAAGAAACUGGAUCUUCCACUACCUUUCAAGUUGUAUCAACAAUCUCCAACGAUUCCAACUCGAUCCAAGUUGCUAUAUGUGAUAAGAUACCAAACUGCAUUACAUUCUUGUCAACCUUUUUCUUCUGCCUCGUAGUUGCCUUCGUGCUGUCAUGGAAACUAGCAUUGGCAGCUAUUCCAUUGUCGAUAAUGUUCAUCAUUCCAUGCCUUGUAUUCGGGAAGUUCAUGAUGGAUGUGGUGAUGAAGACUAUUGAAUCUUAUGCUGUCGCCGGUGGGAUUGCAGAACAAGCCAUUUCUUCGAUAAGAACUGUAUAUUCAUAUGUUGGGGAGCGCCAAACACUCAAAAAGUUCAGCAAUGCACUCGAGAAGACUUUGGAGUUGGGAAUAAAACAAGGAUUCGCGAAAGGCUUGAUGAUGGGGAGUAUGGGAAUAAUGUAUGUUGGUUGGGCCUUUCAGGCUUUUGUUGGGACUUACUUGGUCACUGAAAAGGGAGAAAAGGGUGGCAACAUCUUUGUUGCCGGAAUCAAUGUCAUCAUGGGAGGACUGAGUGUAUUGGGUGCACUUCCGAAUCUAACUGCUAUAACAGAAGCAAUGGUUGCUGCAACCAAGAUUUUCGAAAUGAUUGAUCGAGUACCGGCAAUAGAUUCUGAUGAUAAAAAGGGAAAGGCUUUAUCCUAUGUAAGAGGAGAAAUUGAAUUCAAAGACAUCUACUUCAUCUAUCCGUCGAGACCUGAUACGCCAAUCUUACAAGGGUUGAAUCUUAGAAUUCCGGCAGGUAAGACUGUCGGUCUCGUUGGGGGGAGUGGCUCCGGAAAAUCCACAACCAUUGCAUUACUCCAACGAUUCUACGACCCUGUUGAAGGAGAAAUUUUAUUGGAUGGACAUAAGAUAAGGAAACUUCAGCUAAAAUGGCUGAGAUCACAUAUGGGUCUAGUCAGUCAAGAACCAGUCCUCUUUGCGACGACUAUAAAAGAAAACAUAAUGUUUGGGAAGGAAGGAGCUACAAUGGAUGAAGUGGAAGCUGCUGCAAAGGCUGCAAAUGCACAUGAAUUCAUCACUAAGUUACCCGAGGGAUACGACACUAAUGUUGGCCAAUUUGGUUUUCAAAUGUCAGGAGGGCAAAAGCAGCGGAUCGCCAUUGCAAGGUCUCUGAUAAGGGACCCAAAAAUAUUGUUACUUGAUGAAGCCACUAGUGCAUUGGAUGCACAGUCUGAAAGAAUGGUUCAGGAAGCAAUUGAUAAGGCAUCUAGAGGGAGGACAACAAUCACCAUUGCACACCGCCUUUCCACUAUCCGAGCAGCGCAUCUGAUUGUAGUUUUCAAAGCUGGAAGAGUAAUUGAAUCAGGUUCUCAUAAUGAACUAAUGGAGAUAAAUGACGAAGAGGGCGGAGAGUACUUCCGGAUGGUGCAAUUGCAGCAGACGGCAUUGCAAAAUGAAGCAUCCAGUGAUUCCAAUCCUACAAUGGACACAAGAAGUUUCUAUAAGAUGUUUGUGGCACCGAGCCCGUUGAGUGUGAGGUCCAGCGCUCCAAGCACACCAACAUUUAACCCGUUUAGCCCCGCGCUCUCUAUGGGAACCCCGUAUUCAUAUUCAAUCCAAACUGAUCCCAGAGAUCUAAGUGAAGAAGAUUACUUAGAGAAGCUAAAUCAACCUUCUCCUUCACAGUGGCGUUUGCUUAAGAUGAAUGCACCUGAAUGGCGAAGAGGCUUGAUUGGAUGCUUGGCUGCAAUAGGCUCUGGUGCAGUCCAACCAAUAAAUGCUUACUGUGUAGGAUCACUUAUAUCGAUUUACUUUCGUACUGACAAGUCCGAGAUCAAGCACAAAUCCAGAAUCUUGUCUCUAGUGUUCUUAGGGAUUGCUGUGCUCAACUUCACCACCAGUCUUCUCCAGCAUUACAAUUUUGCAGUUAUGGGAGAAAGGAUGACCAAAAGGAUUAGGGAGAAACUGCUUCAAAACCUUCUGACUUUUGAGAUAGGAUGGUUCGAUGAUGAGGAGAACACAAGUGCAUCCAUUUGUGCAAGGUUAGCAACAGAAGCUAACAUUGUCCGGUCCCUCGUUGGGGAUCGUAUGUCAUUGCUGGCUCAAGCAAUCUUUGGUUCUAUUUUCGCCUAUGCACUCGGACUCGUACUUUCAUGGAGGCUAGCACUUGUGAUGAUUGCAGUGCAACCAUUAGUUGUUGGGAGCUAUUUCUCAAGAAGUGUACUGAUGAAAAGUAUGGCAGUAAAAGCACAAAAAGCACAAAAGGAAGGAAGCCAACUAGCUAGUGAAGCUGUCAUCAACCAUAGAACUAUAACCGCCUUCUCUUCCCAGAAACGAAUCCUGGGGCUCUUCCGAGCCACGUUGAGAGGUCCUAAAGAGGAGAGUGUAAGGCACUCUUGGUUGUCAGGUUUUGGUCUCUUUAGCUCCCAAUUUUUAGCCACAGCAUUUACAGCACUUGCUUUCUGGUAUGGGGGGAGGCUCUUAAUAAAAAGGUUGAUUACUCCGGAGCAUCUAUUCCAGGCAUUUUUGAUAUUAUUGUUCACUGCUUAUGUCAUUGCAGAAGCUGGAAGCAUGACCAAUGAUAUAUCUAAAGGAAGCAACGCCAUUCGAUCAGUUUUUGCAAUUCUAGACAGAAAGAGUGAGAUUGAUCCAUACCAGUCAUAUGGACAAGACAAGAAAGAAACAAUAAAGGGUCGCGUGGAUCUCAGAAAUGUCUUCUUUGCAUAUCCAGCUAGACCUGAUCAAAUGAUCUUUAGGGGCCUAAACCUUAAAAUUGAUGCAGGGAAGACAGUAGCCUUGGUAGGGCAGAGUGGUUCAGGCAAAUCUACCAUUAUUGGACUUAUAGAGCGGUUUUAUGAUCCGUUAAAUGGGGUUGUAUUCAUUGAUGAAAAGGAUGUAAAGAGCUAUAAUUUGAGAAUGCUGAGGUCUCAGAUUGCAUUGGUCAGUCAAGAGCCAACCCUUUUUGCAGGAACCAUCCGCGAAAACAUCGCAUAUGGUAAAGAGAAUGCUAAAGAAUCAGAGAUAAAGAAGGCUGCAGUAAUCGCAAAUGCUCAUGAGUUCAUAAGUGGAAUGAAAGACGGGUACGACACAAACUGUGGAGAGAGAGGAGUUCAGCUAUCUGGAGGUCAGAAGCAAAGAGUCGCACUUGCUCGUGCGAUACUGAAGAACCCAUCAAUCCUCCUACUGGAUGAGGCCACCAGUGCACUUGACAGUGUAUCUGAAAGCUUAGUUCAAGAGGCACUUGAGAAGAUGAUGAUUGGCAGGACAUGUAUCAUUGUUGCUCACCGGUUAUCAACGAUUCAGAAAUCCAACUCUAUUGCUGUUAUCAAGAAUGGAAAAGUUGCGGAACAAGGUUCACAUAAUGAGCUGAUUUCCUUGGGCAAUAAUGGAGCUUAUUACUCUCUGAUAAAGCUGCAGAGUGGCAACUCCUCUUAUCGGUAAACUAUAGAUGUUGGGGAUUGAAAUUUGUGUUGCAUUGUAAGAUUGAUCAUCUAGUUUUCUGUAGAUAGGCAAGGGAAUGAUAUGAAGAUGUUAUCUUUCUUUCUUUUUUAAGAAUACUCAACGAUCUCUUCAUAAGAGUUAUAGCUGUACUUUUUGUCAUAAGCUAAUUAAUUGAUUAUCUUAAUCAUUGAAUGCAUUCAAGCUUAUUGA